CGGUCCGGCAGCGGCAGCACUCGCAGGAACGGACGCGCAGGACUCCGGGGCCGAGUCGAUCGCCCCUACCAGCUCCGCCGCGCGGGAACUUCCGGGGUCACCUCCCACUUCCGGCGAGCGGCAACUCUCGCGAGAGCACGGCGCUGGUCGCGCGGGCGGGGCGUUGCCGUGGCGACCCGCGCCGCUUGGCCACGGGACCCUCUGUGUGUCACUCGGGCUGCGGGCCCGCGGAGGUGCCGAGUGCCGAGCUGCGCCGGCGGGGGCGGUGGGCUCACCUAUGGGACUUUCCAAAAGCAAACACAAAUCUAGGAAAGGUGAGGAGAAAAAGAAGGGGCGCAGGUCUUCCCCUGCAAAGACUAAGGAAAGGUCGAUGGACAGGCGUCCUCGAGAGACCGAGAGGCCUCCAGACACCAAGGCUGCAGAGAGCUUCCAAGGGAAGAAGGGGGCAGCCAAGCGACAGUGGCCUCCUUCAUCUGAAGUCGAAGAGAAACCUGAUGUAAAGGUAAAGGCGAGCAAGAAGAAAGCUGCCAUUCCACAGAUCAUCAUCACUAGAGCCUCAAAAGAGACUCUAGCCAGCUACAGUUCCAUCGGAAGUGAAGAGCAGAGAAUCAUUAAGGAGCAGGUGGAAUGGGGCCCCUACUCCCGACACAGAAACCCCAGUACAGUAGACGCCUAUGGUUUACGAGAAUAAACAAGCACCCCGA